AUUUAAGUCUGAUUUUGGUCAGUGCGUCUCGUCGUUCGUUGCCCGUGCUCUGGCUCCUCUGUGAUGGCCUCACGGCAAAGACUUUCUAAUAUCUGAAGCCUGACAGACGUUAGAUUGCAGCCAUGGGCGACUGGUCUUACCUGUCGUCAUUGCUAGACAAGGUCCAGUCUCACUCCACUGUGGUGGGGAAGGUCUGGAUGAGCGUCCUCUUCCUGUUCAGGAUCUUUGUCCUGGGCUCUGCUGCUGACAAAGUCUGGGGAGAUGAAGUGUCGGAGUUCUACUGUGACACCCUGGAACCAGGAUGCGAACAUGCCUGCUACAACUGGAUGUUCCCAAUAUCCUAUGUUCAUUACUGGGUCCUGCAGAUCACCUUUGUGUCAACACCCACCCUGAUCUACCUGGGCCAUGCUGUCCACAUCAUCCACAAAGAGAAGAGGAUGAAGGAGCACCUGCGGGACAGCCCUAAUGGAAAUGCACUGAAGAAACCCAAGUAUACCGAUGAGAGAGGGAAGGUAAAGAUAACAGGCAUCCUCUUCUACACUUACAUCACCCAGCUGGUAGUUAAGAUCCUCGUGGAGGUGGGAUUCACCUUGGGCCAGUUCUUCAUCUUGGGCCCUGUGUUCAUUGUCUCCUAUUUCCACUGUACUUUGUCUCCACCUUGUGCCAAAUUCACCGGUGCCCAGUGUUACAUUUCACGUCCCACAGAGAAGACAAUCUUCAUCUUCUUCAUGCUUGUAGUCUCAGGACUUUCAGUGCUCCUCAACAUCAUUGAGAUAAUUUACCUGCUCUGUAAAAAGAGGAGAGAUGCUAGGAAAAAGCUCCUUAGUAACGAGCAUGCGCUCAAUUUAGAGCCAUACCCAUCCAACCCAGCUUGGGGGGGCGUGAGCAGCCAGUAUGGAGGCUACCCACUCCCACCUCUGUCUUCUCAGCAUCUGACAAACCUCUGCAAUGAUGACAAACACAUGGACUCCAUCAAUAAAGAAAAGGACACCUGAUACCUUAUGAAUUACACGUCACUUUUAGAUGUUUGCUCUCGUUAUUCUUUUAGCUGAAAUUACUCUUAAACAUUUACUGUUUCUUUUUAUUUUUAUUUUUUUAUGGUCAAUCACUGGAUUGUGUGAAAGGUUCUUGAUUUACCAAAUCUGCUGCGCCUCAAGAUAAUAACAAUCAGCAUAAUAACACUGAUACUUUCCAAAUACUCUUUGCUGUGUUUUUUUUUUCUU